AUGGGACAGAGCCUCGCUCUUCCUCCUUGUCAGGGACGCAUCGGCUCCACCAUCAUUAAGGUCCUCAGCAAUGAAAGCUUGAUCCAUUUCUAUCUCUCCCUUUGCAAUGAGUCUUCUUCUGCGCAGAACACCGGGAAUACUCCGAACUCUCCUGAGGCCAUCCAAGCUCGAGCUCAGCAGAUGCAAGCCAUCGUCUCAGAUGCAGCAGCAUCGCACCUUACCUAUGAUCAGGCCAUUCAGCAUCUCAAGGAGAUUGGAGCGAAUGAACCAGAUGUCCGUGACUAUGUCGAGCUGCUCCUUGAACAAGCUGAGCGCGAUCACGAUUGCGAACCUAGUCCUGCAUCGUCUAACGAGAGAGGAGAAGAGCAUAACCAGGAGGGUCAUCAGCUGGCAGAGAGCCCAGCUGACACUUUGGCCUGGGUGAUCAUACAGCAGAAACUUAUCGCACUUCAGCAAGCUGGUAGGAGCUGCGUGGGUGCUGACUUCUCCUUUGAUGAGCUUUCCAAAGCACUGGAACUAUCUUCGAGUUCGUUUGGUAUCCCGCAGUCUGUUCUCACAGCAGCGCCGCAUCUCACAGCCACCUCUCCAGCCUUGCAGAAUUCUCACCUGAUCGAGACAUUCCGUCUUCACCAGUUGUAUGUCUUAGAAUGGGCAAGUGACCCCAUUCUGGAUCUCAUGCAGCAGCAAAGCGUGCAGGUCCCAGUGCCUCGCUCAAUCUGGAAGGAUGUGCUUAUGGAUCGAUAUGUUAACUUUGAGAAACUCUUCACAUCCAUGAUGUCACAGUAUUAA